AAGCUCGUCAACAUGCAGCAGGGUCACUUGGAUUGUCUGCGCUUCACAUCAAGUAUAGUUUUGAUGUGAUGUGACUCAGACGAUAUUUGUAUUUUCUAUGAAUACGAGCAGUUAUUGACAAAUAUGUAUAUUAUUUAUACCUUUCUUUAAAUGCUCAAAAAAUUAUCCCAGCAAUAUGUGGUCGUUUUUUUCACGCGAUCCAACCAAGGAUUUUCCCUACGAAAUCGGGGAGCCCGUUGGUGUACUUGACGAUAAGAACAUCUGGAGUCUGCACAAAGCCAAACGCAAAGGAUCUACUACUUCAAUUGGUGAAGAUGUUUCUGUAUUUGUCUUCCAAGUGAAAAACGGUGCAGAACAUCAGUUAGAAAUAGCUCGAGCAGCAGUAAAAAGAUUGAAAACACUUAGACAUCCAAGUAUUUUAGCGUACUUAGAUAGUUUGGAUACAGAUAAAGCAAUUUAUUUAGCAACUGAAAGGGUCGAACCACUUCAUAAUCGUCUUUCCAGAGUAGCUGAUAUAGGAGAAGGAAAUAAGCAUGAGCUUUACUUAUCCUGGGGAAUAUUUCAAAUAACAAGGGCAUUAAGUUUUCUAAAUAAUGAUGGCAACUUGCGACACAAUAAUGUUAACUUGUGGUCAGUUUUUGUUAAUGAAGAAACUGGAGAAUGGAAACUUGGUAGUGUUGAAUAUAUGACAGCUGUUGACGCUGUCUAUUCUUCACUACCUCAAGUACUACAAGUGUAUAGACCACCUGAAGCCAAAGAAAAUUCAAAACCUAUUACAAAAUGUUGUGUAGAUAUGUGGGGUUUGGGAUGUCUUAUUUGGGAAGCUUUUAAUGGACCACUUACCGCUGCAGGAAAUUUAGAUGCUACAGACAGACUUCCAAAAGCUUUGUUAAUGGUGUAUGAAGAAAUUGUAAGUUGUAAAGCUGAAAGUCGCCCUAAUCCAGCUGAUAUGAUAGUACGCUGUCGUAGUAAUGGAGGAUUUUUCAAGAAUGACCUUAUUGAUGCACUUUUAUUUCUUGAAGAAAUUCAAGUGAAAGAAAAAAACGAAAAGAAUCGUUUUUUUGCACAACUAUCGACGCAACUUGAUAGUUUUCCUGAGGGAGUUGGUCGCUUUAAAAUACUGCCACAACUUAUAGCGGCUUUUGAGUACGGCGAUGCUGGCAGUGCUGUUCUUCCUCCUUUGCUACAAUUGGGAUGUACUCUUCCUGAUGCUGAGUAUCAAAAACGUGUUGUUCCAUGUGUUGUCAAGCUGUUUGCUUCAAAUGAUAGAGCUACUAGACUUAGAUUAUUACAGCAGCUUGACAGAUUUGUCAACCAUUUAUUACCUGCUACAGUAAAUGAUGCCAUUUUUCCUCAGGUUGCUCGGGGAUUUUUAGAUACUAACCCAGCUGUAAGAGAACAAACAAUAAAAUCUAUAGUUUAUUUGGCUCCAAAAUUAGAUUAUAAUAAUCUCAAUGUGGAAGUUUUGAGACACUUUGCAAAGUUACAAUCUAAAGAUGAACACGGUGGUAUACGUACAAACACAACUGUUUGCCUAGGAAAAAUUGCCCAGCAUUUGCAUCCACAAAUAAGACAAAAAGUUUUAAUUGGUGCAUUUAUUCGAGGAACUCGUGAUCCUUUUCCACCUGCUCGAAGUGCUAGUGUUUUAGCACUUGCAGCAACACAGCAAUACUUUUUACUUCAAGAAGUUGCAAAUCGAAUAUUGCCUGCUUUAUGUCCUCUGACAACGGAUCCUGAUAAAGGUGUGAGAGAUAAUGCUUUUCGUACAUUGAGAGGAUUUUUAUCAAAACUAGAAAAGGUAUCAGAAGAUCCAGGACUUCGAGAAUCAAUGGAGGCUGAUGUUAAUACUGCCACUCCAAGCUUAAGUAAUGCUGCUGCUACAUGGGCUGGUUGGGCUGUUACCGCUGUAACAGCUAAAUUUUAUCGUAGCCAAUCUGAUAAUCCAAAAUCAUCUGCUCCUCAUGGAACUUCACGAAUUUUGUUUAAUAAACCAGCUUCAUUGGAACAUGCUUGCAGUUCUCAAAGUAGUACUAGUACCACUGCAACAACAAGUAGUGCUGCUAGUGUGACUUCUCUGGAUCAUGAUCAGGAACAUGAUACUGCUGCUAACACAGCAAAUACAAAUUCUGAUUGUGACUGGGAUUGGGAUACUGGCGACUGGGGUGACAUGGAACCCCAAACUCAAUCUGUUUCUAAUUCUAUUACACCGUCUCUUAUCACCAAGUCUCAUCAUCAUACGAAUGAACAAUGGACUAGUCUUGAAGAGAAACCAGAAGAAGAAGCUGCAGAAGAUCAAGAUAAAAAUAAACUUCAAGAGUCUGGAUGGGAUGACGAUGAAUUCCUGCCUCUAGAUGAUGUACCAUCCAGUAACCCAGAGACUAAUGAAUCAAAUAAAUUAGAAGUACAAAAGAAAAGAGAGGAAAAACGAUUAGAAAGACAAAGAAAGAUGGAAGCCAAAAGAGCAGCAAAAUUGAUCAACAGUCCUCUAGGGAAAAAAAUUUAAACAAUUCAAAUAACAUUUUAAAAUCGAAUGUUCAUGGAAUUGCCAUUACCAGGCUCUUUUCGAAAUCCCGACUUUUCGUAGAAGGAUAUAAGACGAU